AUGGAGCUUCUGCAAGAAGAGCUUUCACCAGAUGACUUCAAAGCUACUAAAACAAACCGUAUUAAGUAUACCAGGCAGGACUCGAUACAUGGAGCUUACUUCACAAAUGACUUUGAAUGGAAGGAUUACAGUCCCGCAGUUUUCAGACGUUUGCUGGAGCUUGACAGUAUAAUUAGUUAUGAUGACUACCUGCUUACAGUACGUGGAGAUGACACUCUAAGGGAGGUUUCUUUACCAGGACGCUACGGUAGGGUGUAUAUAUUGCCUGGUGACAAACGAUUAGUGAUUAAAACUCUGCGGAAAUCAGAAAAGCAGGUGUACCUAGAAAUGCUUCCAAACUAUUACCGCCAUGUUAAGAAGUACGGGGCCUCACUUUUUAAAAGACUCUAUGGACUUCAUGUUAUCAGGCCACCGGGAGGUAUCAAGGUUUACUUUGCAGUUUGCGCAAGUGUAAUGCCGUCAGAACUUUGCUUAUAUAAGUGCUAUGAUCUCAAGGGCUCUUCAGUUGGUAGAGCCCGCAACAGAUCACACGUCCACGACACGGCCAUACUUAAGGAUCUGGAUUUUGAUUUUUGCUUUUACCUGGAUCCAUUAGUCCAUGCUCGGCUCUUAGCAGAUCUUGAGAAUCAUGAAACUUUACUUCUCUGCUAUGCAUUGCAGCUGCUCUACCAAUUAUUUGAUUUGUAUCGCGUUUCUAGACGAAAAUUUGAGCCCAUAAUAUUGUUAUUUGGCAGACAAAUCAAGUAUGACUGCGAGUUUUUGGAGGCCGAGGGCAUCAUGGAUUAUAGUUUAUUGCUUGGUUCAAUUGAUAAAAGAAAUUCCAGAAGUUUUGAUGCCAAAAAGCAAAUAGAUGAUGCUUCUGAAGAUGAUGAAACCUCAUCAGAGUUAACUCUUGCCGAUAUCUGCGAUCUAAUUGACAGGCCUGGUUUUAAAUUUGGCGACAGACUGCCAGCACGCGCUGUCCGAGCCUUCAAUAAUGGAAUGGAGAGUAAAUCAUAUAGGUCCAGCAGAUCACAUGAAUGCUUCAAUGUUCUUUUAUUCUUUGGAAUAAUAGACUUUUGUCAGAAUUACAAUAUGAAGAAACGCAUUGAGCAUGCUUUCAAGGCAAUCAAAUAUGACUCUAAGUCCAUCAAUACUGUGAACCCCAAAGCCUAUUCUUCUCGCUUUCAAGAGUUUCUGAGCGAAGUAUUUCUGCCCGAAGAGUCGGAUGACUUUGAUCACAACUAG